ACAUACCUAACAAUGGUGGUAGUACGCAUAAACUUCCGUCGAGAUUAUAAUCGUUUUAUUUCUUUUAUCCUUAGUUAAGUGAAAUUAAAGGAUUUACGUAAUUGAUAUUUAUAAGGAAAAUGGAAGGUAUUUUAGGUGGGUUUCAUUGAGACGGGAUACCAUUUACGACUUUUUCUCGAAGAAGUUAAACUUAAAAGUGAUGUCUGAAUGAAUUUCUCACGGUUUCUAGAUAUUCAAUCAUGGUGGGAAGUGCCCAGCAUCGCGUACUUUUGUUCCCUAUUCAGAACUGCAUUCAAUCUCCUGGAUUUUGACAUCGAAGAAUUGGAAGAAGCUCUUUUGACAGAUGGAACAGAAGAGUCAGCUAGUUCUCUUCUUACUGAGUUGAUUGUGCGUCUCCUGAAUGGUUGUUUAGGCAACAAUGACAUCUCGGCCUUCAAUUAUCAGAUGUACCUGAGACGCCUCUUUAGAAGAAAAUGUCAAGAAACAGGAAGAUAUAAUCCUUUCAACACAGACAUUGACUUCCAAUUUCUGCCUCUCCGUACAAAAGUAGAGAUUUUAUAUGCUUUAUGUGAUUUUCGUUUGGAGGCUGAUGAUGUUUUUGAUUUAUUUAAAAACCUUGAGGCUGAGAGUUUAAGAGUAGAGCCACUGGGUUGGGAUGAUAAUGACUCUGCAUACUGGUAUUUUUAUGGUACAAGGUUAUAUCGUGAAGACAUCAUAAAGAAACCUAAAAGCAAAAACAAAAAGAAAAAAAGUAAAGAUAGUAAAAAGAGAGGUUGGUUCUACGGUGAUGACUGGCUUGAUGACGACGAAACAGAGAGAGUUUGGCAAGUGGUGUGCUUUACUGAAGAGGAUUGGACCCACUUGACAGAAAAAUUUAGUAAGGCUACCAGCAAGGUUGAAAAGGAGUUGUAUAGAUCCCUCUCACAAAAUUUUUUGCCAGAGAUACCUAGACUGUUUCUGGAAAAAGAAAGGUUACAAAGAAAAAGGUUGUUAGAGCUAUUGCCAAGGCGUACAUCUAGCCGUGUUCUUCAAAAAAUAAAGCAAAAGGAGGAGGAAACGAAAACCACGCAUGAAGGCAAAGAAGCAGAAGAGAGGAAAGAAACACCAGAUCUUGCUCGGGAAAAUAGAGCUAAAAGACGAAAUUUAUUAAGAUCAAAAUCAGUUUCAUCAGAGACAUCAGAAAAUACAGCAAGCGAGAGUCACGACAUCAUGCCUCAAAAAGUGACUAAGCAAUCCAAAAACCAAGAUAAACGGUCAAAAAACUCCUCCGCUACCCAAAAAGGAGAACCUCCACCAGAGCCUCCGAUAAAAGCCGGCAGAAAAACAAAUAAUUCAUUAGCAUCUGCUACAGGGCAAAUUUUAAUACCAGAUAAUGAUGAGCCAGUAAAUAGCACCAGAAAGAAACUAAAGACAUCACAAAUAUUUAGUCAAAUGGAUGAAGACAUUCAAACUGAUAUGUAUAAGGUUCUAGAACAACUUACUGCUCAUGAAGACGCGUGGCCUUUUAUGGACCCCGUUGACGAAAAAUUUGCUCCUAACUACUAUGCCGUUAUUAGACGCCCUAUGGACCUAAGAAAAAUGGAGGAACGUCUUGACAGUGGAUAUUAUACCGACUUCUCUAUGUUUAAAGCUGAUUUUAAACUAAUUGUUAAUAACUGUCGUUUAUUCAAUGGUCAAGAUAAUGAAUAUACUAUGAUGGUUGACAACUUACAAGCUGCUUUUGAUCGCCUAACAGAAAAAUAUAUACAUAGACUCUCAUCAUCUGAUGAAGAAAUUGCUGUUGAAUACCAAUUGCCGACGCCUUCUAGAAAACACAAACUAAAAAGUAGUGAAUCUCCUAGUCGUCAUAAGAGAAAGAAACGGAAAUCUCAUUCUGAUACUGGUGAACCGAAGUCAAGUUCAUCAGAUCUCUUACUAGAGGAAAAUCAAGAUGACUCUCUUAAAUCAGAUGGUAAAAAAUCUAAAGAAUCUCAUAAACAUAAAGACGGCAAAGGAAAGAAAAAACGUAAAGGCCACCAUCGUCAUGGCAAACAUUCCAAAAACCAUAAAAAAGAUUCCCAUAAAUCUGGUCAUAAUGAAUCUUCGAAAACGAAACAUGGUAAGAAGCAUAAUAAAAGUAAAGACAAGGAUGGCAAAAAAUCUAAACAAAAGAAGAAAAAGAAUAAACACCAUGAUUUACCAGAUUCUAAAGAUAUUAUUAAAAGAACGGCAUCUCAAGAAUCCUUAGAGAGUUCUAACCGAAGCAGAAGUGCUAGUCCUUUACCAUCUAUACACACGCCAACUCCUUCACCUACUGAAUUAGAUCAGCCUGAACAAAAUGAUCAGUUAGCAGACCCCGAUUUCUUCAAAGAUAAAUAUGACAAAAUUAAAGAACGAAGACGACAUGCAGCUAAGGAAGCCUGGGAAUCAUUAUUUGAUUACAAACAAAAAGCAAAUGAUAAACAAAAUUUACAUAUACCUGAAAAAGACAAAAAUCAAAAAUUAAGGGAAACUAUAGAAAAAUUAAAAGCAAAAAGUGAACGUUAUAAGGACACCUCAAUUUUUAACAGUUUAUUUCCUGCUAGUAACAGUAAUACAGAUAAAGUAACAGAUUCAAAUAAUGAGAAGGAAUCAUCAAACAAGGAAGCAGAAGAAAUCAAUUUAUCAGAUGAUGAUACUGGUGAUAAUCACAAAGGAAAAUCUAGUACUAAAAAAGCUCUCAAAAAGAAUACUGCUAAAAAUGAAUCUGCUUCUGAAGCUUUAGAGCAAGCUGUUAAAGAUAUCAGUAAAUGGUUAGAUGAUGCUCCUAAAAGUUCUGCAUUGAGCUCUCCCUGUGAUAGUCCUGCCCAAACUAUAUCUACCGAAGAACAUGAUAACAGUCGUUUAGAUGACGAAUUUUCUCAGGGUGAAAAAGCUGCUCUAAUUAGAAAAGAAACAUCACGUAAACGCCCUUCUUCUCGUGAACCAAAAAUGGUUAAAAGAAGAGAGAUUCAGAGAACCAUAGAUAGAUUGCAACCUGGAAAAGGCAAAGGAAACUUAUUGACAAAUCUUAGCAAUAAAAAUGCUGAAAAGUUAGAAGAGGUAACACCACUAGGUCCACUUAAUAAAGUCCGUGAUGUCAACAAAGGGGAUGAAUCUAGUCCCAAAUUAAGUCUUGGAUCAGUUCUACCAACAGUGGAAUUUGCUAUUGGAAAUGAUCAUAAUUUCAGUAACUCUGAUGAUAAUAAGAAUGAAGAUCAAAAGGAUAUUUCUAAAUUGCCAGAAAAUAUUCCAAGUGAUAAAGAUGAAGAAAAGCCAUCUGAAACGAAAAUAGAAAAUAAUGUUCAGUCUAAUAAAAAGGAUGCUGAAGUGGAAACUGAACCCCCAACAACUACAAAACCAAGUCAAGAAAAAGCUACACCAAAUUUAAGUGCAUGGUUUAAAGCAUUUGGUGCACCAAAAAAUACAAAUUCAUCAAUUCCAGUAAAAAAGAAAUCAGAAGAUACUGAUAUUGAAGAGAAAACAGUUGAAAAUACUAAUGAUAACAAGUCUUCGAGCCCUAAAAAUACAACCAAAUAUGAUUCUCCAGCUGAUCCAGAUACUCCAAACCCUGAUGGAGGUGACAGUCCACUUCCCAAUGUUACAACAACCCCGAGACAAAGAAGAACAAGUACGGGAAGUUCAGUAUCUGAAAGAUCAUCUUUUAGUCAAGAUCUAGAUUCACCAAGACAUCAGAUGUCUCACACAUCACCUCUGCUACGAUCGCCAGCUUCUCCAAGAACUGACGAAUUUCAGAAAAUCACAUAUCCAAUUAUAAAUGGUACUGUACGAGCAGGAUUCUAUCAAGACACGACAUCCAUUAAAAGUAGCCCUGAAAAAAGUUGUAGCCCACGCGAGGCUCCCCAGUCACCUUAUUCUCCUUAUUCACAGCAUGUUUAUGCAUCCAAUAGUGUACUAGGGUCUUCAACACCUAAUUAUUUUGUAGACCAUAAUAAAAGUCCAUUACCAACGUAUAGUAAUAAUCCUCCUUCUUAUUAUGACACAUCUAAGGCACCAAUUGUCAGUAAAACUAAUCGUAGUAGUAAUGAUUUUGCUGCUAUGGAGCCUGAAUCAUAUCAACAAAAUCAAUAUAGUGGACCAUUUUCCCCAGCACAUACUUCAUAUCAACAGCCACAAUCAUCAAGUUAUUCACAGUCUCAAAGUUCACCACAAUCAGUUACAAAUCCAACUACUUCCAUAAACUCUACUCAGUUAGUACCGGAAACUAAAACAUCUUUAUUUCCUGUUAAAAAACGAACAUACAAUGAGCUAGAGAUGCCUGCUACAUCUACCAAAAAAUCCUCUGAAACUAAAGAUAGUGGUGCACCAACUAAAAAUGAAUAUCAGAAAAUAUCCCAACCUUUUCAUUCAAUAUCAUCUGCCACUUCCGUUGACGAUAUAGCUUUAGCGUUAACUGAGAAAUCUGAAAUGGCCAAGUUGAAUAGUUUACGUGAAAAAAAUACAGGUGAUUACAUCGAAAGAAGAGAUAACCGUGAUAAUAUCACAUUUGACAAUAAUGACAUGCAAGAGAGUAAAAAAGAGCCCACUAUGGAAACUAAUAAACCUAUCGCCAUUACUAAAAAAGAUAAUGUUGAUAUGGUGAAUAUGGGCUAUAUGAAUCCAGAUGGAGAAAGGAGGACCAGUGGAGAAGUGGACUAUACUUUGUCUAGAGAAGUUACAAAAUCAGCCAUAAAUUCACAGCAGAAAGGUUUUGAAGUUGAAGCUAUCGCCAUAAAUCUUGGUAUAAAUAACCAACAGUUGCAAAAACCGAUAUCGAAAAUGAAUAUAAAUGUUAAUAAUAUACCUCCUGCACAUCUACAAGAUCGGUCACAUAAUGAAAUAAUCAUGAAUCAAAACAUUGCCCACUCUCAUCAUAAUCAGUAUGACGCUAUUUCUACUGGGUCAUCAAUAAGUAACUUUUCACUGAGUGACAUAGAAUUAGCUAAUAAAAAACUUUAUGCAUGUAACACCAAUUCUUCAACAGCUGCUCUUGAUUAUGGCAAUUGGAAGAUGAGUAAUCAAAUUCGGAAACAAGAACUUUUACCUUCUGAUUACUCUACCAACUAUAAUACUAACAGUGCAGACAAAUUGAAAACGGACAGUACAGUAAAUCCGAAUGUCAUUCAGUAUAACAAGAACUUGCAACAUCAACAAUACAACAAUUACAAUGUACCUAGAACCAGUAUUCAGAGGACACAAGAAAUGCAACAAAAUAUUCCAGCAGAAUUGAGAAUACCUAACCCUAGAAGUCUUCUUAAAAAUGAGCACAUAAAUGUAUCUUCCUCUAUAAGUGAUAAUGAAUUGAUUGCCAAAAAUAUUGAUACUCUUGCCAAAUCCCAAAAAUCUGAAAAACUUGUACAAAAUCAUGCAUUGGUUAGUUCCAUUCCAUAUAAACCACCAUACAGUACUCAUUCUUCGCUUCCUUUGGAAAGUCUCCGUAAUUUACCCAAAAUUCCCCAAAUGUUAGAACGGUAUAAUGAGGAAAGAUAUUUGUCAACUUUCACUGGCAGUACCUCAUCUUUAUAUCAUGAAAAAACUUUUCAAAUGGCGCAAAUGUUCAAUAAAAGUAUAACUUCAGAAGUUCAUGUUGCAAGCACAUCUGGAACUGUUUACUCACAACCAUCUACAUCAAUAAGUAAAGACAACAGUAUUUAUAAAUCUCCAAGUUCCACAUUAUCUGAUUCAAAAGCAAAGAACAAAAGGAAGAGAACAUCUGAAACAAAACAAACACAAAUAACAGCAAGUCAAACUUAUCAUAGCUCACCCUGCAACACUGAAGUUUUAUCCUCUGUGAAGACAAGCAUGAUGCCAGGAAGCGCAUUCAACUUUUCAACUUCCACAAACAUGACUCUUGGUAGUGGACUUUAUGCAGACAAUAGUGGUUUUUCUAUAGAAGAUUUUCGAAACUCUAACCUUAUGGCAGCUACUAAUUAUAUGGCUGCAGUGGCACAUCAACAACGCAAUAGUUCUGAAGCUAAUACUGAGAAAUUGGUCAAACCGGCACAUCAAAACACCAGUCACGCAGCUAGUUCUUUUCCUUUCAUAAGUCAUUCACAAGUACGAGCGGGAUAUCCUUAUGUGGGAGCAGAUCCAUCGUCACCUCUAUAUCAACAGUACCUGCAAAGACAUCAAGAAGAGCUUCUGAGGCAGACUGGUGCUCAAAUCAUGAGUUUGUACCAGCCAGGUUAUCCCACUAGUAUCGGCGUCAGACAACCAUAUGAUACCAUCAAUCGUCCAUCGUGGCUCUAAAUGCAUCUUUAUUAGAAUUACAUCACUAUGUGAAACCUUAUUAUAAUCAUAAAUGUGACAAUUGUUAUAGGAAAUUGUAUUUUACAUUGUUUGUAGAUUUCAGAUAGCAUUUUUGUGAAAGUAUAUCUUAUUUACAUAGUAUUUACAAGAAUUGUUUUCAAACAUGACAAAUUAACUUUAUAUGACUGCCUUGCUUUUUAUUAUUUGUUAAUGGUCAUUAACAAUAUGAGACUAGAUAAGUCUUGAGAUAACAUCUAAAUUAACUUAGUUUGAUUGUAAGUUCUUCUCUAAUAUUAUGUUAAGCUAUUAUGAACAAAAAUUAGUCUUAUGUUAAAACAUCACAAUUCAUUUUAUGUACAUAAUUUACGUUAUAUAUAGCUUAGUAUUACGUCUGUCUCAAUUAAUAAUUUCAGUUGAAGACACAACCCUUGCAAUAUAAUCAUAAUAAGUAGAUAAGUAUAAAUAUUUAAUUUACACAUCACAUAAAAUGCAAUUGAACUUUUGAAUUAAUUUACUUUUUUUUUCUUUUUAAGGUCACAUAUUAUCAUAAAUUGUUAUGAAGUAAUUUUAAAGUUUUAUAUAAACUACUUAAUUUGUUGUGUAAAUAUUUCUCCAUUUUUAUUAUCUUCUAUAUUUUGUUAGCUUUUCAAACAUAACUUUAUCAAGUAAAAUUAAUAAGUAUUAAGAAGUUCAUAUAAGAGAUAAAUAAUUCUUC